AUGUACGUGCGGACUGGUGGUGUAUUGACGGGUCAAAGAGCCCUUGAUCGUGGAGGGCGGCAAGAGAAGCAUACCACAGAUAAGUCGAGUUCAUGCAGGUCCGAACAGGUCAAGAGGAACAGCACAUCUCGAUGGCACACGAAUGAGUACGAUAGGCGCCUGCUUGCCACGGAAGCAUACACUUGGGACACAUCUCAAUUGGUCUUCGAAUCAACAGGUACUUUGAGGCAAUACAGCCAGGUUCGGCUUGCUAAUCUGCACAAUACCAACCGGAAACGGCGAGAACAGCAAUCGUGA